UCCCUCUCCUGCUUACCUUCCUUCCGGAUUCACCUGCCUGCCUGCGCUGGAGUUGAAGGAUGCGGUUGCGCUCCGGCGUCUUCGCUUCUUUCUGCCUGUUGGUGCAGGCCUUGGGCGUGGGGCUUUUCCUGAGAGGCUUCUUCCCGGUGGCAGUCAGAUCGCAGCUUCGGAGCGGGACCUUCGGCCAGGUGCCGCCCGAGCCUCCUCAGACAGACUUGACAUCAAACUGGACCAAGAUUUCACCUAUUUUUAACAAAGUGGUCAUAGUGUUGAUUGAUGCCUUGAGAGAUGACUUUGUUUUUGGUUCAAAAGGUUUAAAAUUCAUGCCAUAUACAACAGAGCUGGUGGAAAAGGGCACAACGCAUGCUUUUAUAGCAGAAGCCAAGGCGCCUACUGUCACUAUGCCUCGAAUUAAA